AUGGACUCUUUGUAUACACUUACAAUUUUUACAUUAUUGUUUAAAUUAUCUCUUUAAUAAAUAUGCCCUUUCGAUUUCAACUUAGGGUAUACUUCCAGGAACUGCUAAGGAAUGGUUACAGAAAAUGUAAUUUUUGGUGGAGAAUUGUUCUACUUUAAAUACUAGGAUCAAUUUAUUAAUCUCAUGGUUGAUUAUGGUAGCUCAGGAUUAUUUGGUGUAUGGAAUUUAACUGAUGCAAGUCUUCUUUAUACUACAAACUUUUACUAAGAUAAUAAUAUUGAGUUUCAUUCUAUUUAUGUUGAUAAGCAUGUUGGGAUAUUUGAUAAAACUAUAUCUUAGUCAUUUGUAUACAUACUAGAUAAAAAUUUAAAUGUAUACUAGUAAAGUCUUUACUAAUAGCAGGGUAAACUGAUCUUAACAGGCUCACCUAUUGCUAAUAAUUUCCCUUUAUCAGUUAAAGUAUGCUACAAUAUUAAAACAAAUGUUCUAUUUUAUCCUUAAAAUAACUAGGUCUACUAGAGAAAAAAUAAUUUAGAUUAUUCAGUAGAAAUAGAUUCUGAUGGUGUUUAGUGUGAAAGUGAUUUUAAUUAAGAAUAUAUAUUUAUUCUAUCAGCUUAAAAUUAAAUCUAUAUGAUUAAUCAAAAUUCCUUUUAAAUAGAAUAAAAAUUUAAGUUUGAUUAUGGAAAUAUCAUAUAUCUACGAUUUGAUAUUAAUUAAGGAUUAACAUUUUUAAUGGCAUUAUUUUAUAAUCCAAAUUAAAUUAAUGAUUAUGGAUUUCAAAAAGACAAUACUUUAAUUGCAUGCGGAGUUAAUUCUUUAAUUACUUUUGAUAAUUAAAUUAUAAAUCCAUCAACUACAGGAAUAGAUACAACUGAUUAUGAUUAUAAAAAUAUUUAGCCUAGUUUGGAUUUAAAUUAAUUAAACUACACUAAUUUAAUUAUAGGAGAUGAUUACACAGUAUUUUUUGGUAGUUCAUAAAUUAUAACUGUAGUAGUAAACAAAAAUCGAGUAGUUUAACUGAAUAAAUAUAUAAUUUCAUAACUUCUUGUUGGACUCAAACCUAAUGCAAUUAUUGAAGGUUCUUUAUUAAAAACAUUAUCAUCAAGUGGUCUUUUAUUUAUAGAAAUAUCAAAUGGGUAAAUAAAAAAGCAUACAAGUUGCUUUAAGCACUUAGAUGUGUAUGAAGAGAAAAUAGUUGCUUUAUAUUUUGAUGAUGAAUUGCUUAGAAUUUAUGCUCUUGAAAACCAAGGAAAGUUAGGUUACUUUAGUUAUCCUAAAGGUGAGUAUUUAACCUAGUACUACAACCUUUCUUAAAAUAGUGCUGGUGUGUACAAUAAAUAAAAAGAUCAAAUAUAUAUUUGGGGUACAUAAGGACCUUCAAAUUUUGUAGUUGUAACCUCAUAUAUUGAUGGUACAUUUUUGAGUAAGCUUUAAUUUAAUGAUUAGUUUAUUGUUAAUAACGUAUACUACAAUAAUAAUAUCGAUAUUAUCAUAGUUGUUGAUCCUUCUUAAAAAAUAUCUAUUUUUAGCUCCUAAAAAUUUUCACUGCUUUAUGAAUAAGAUAUUUACAACAACCAGAUCUAAAUUUUUUUAAAUUAGUAAGGAGCCAUUUUUGUAUUUUAAUCAACUAUAUAACUAUUAACUAAAAAUCAAGCUAAUGGCUAAAUAUCAACUAUUGAUCUAAACAUAAAUCAGUUUAUCUUUUAAUAAACUUACCUUGAUAUAAUUUCAAACUCUUUAAUAAUGGCUAAAGCAGAUGAAACAAUACAAAUACUAAGUAUAAAUAGUUAAUACAAUACAGUGAGCAAAAAUUUAUAAACAUCAUUAAAAAAUAAUUAAAUAACUUAAAAUAUUUGUUUUGGAGAAUAAUACAUAGUAAUUUUAAUGAAUUAUCCAAACUAAAUUGUAAUUGUUAAUAAAUUAACAAACGAGGAAAACAUUAUUAACAAUUUAACAAUGAUGCCUAAUUAAUGCCUGCUUUUGCUUAACGAAAAACUACUUUUAAUUAUUUCUAAUGUAAGUGAUCUUUUAUUUAUCAAUAUGUCAUCAUUAAAUAUUAUUAAAACCGAUGUUUUAGAUGAAUUAAGCAGUGUUUCGAAAAUAGAAAUUGAUAUAUAAUAAAAUUUGCUCAUAAUCUUAUUAUCAAGCUCUAAAAUAAUUAGCUAUGAUAUAAUCAAUCUAAAAUAAGUUUGUGAUUGGACACCGUUUAAUUCAAUUAAUGUCUCUACAUUCUAAAUUAAUAUAAAAUAUAAAAUGAUUGUUUAUGGUUCUGGUUUAUAAAUGUUUUUUACUGAUUACUCUUAGAAGAAGUUAAUUAAUUAAAUUAAAAUUACUGAAGGAGCAUAGGGAGGAGUUGUAGAUUAUUAAACUAAUAGUUUGUUUGUUUUUACUAAUAAAAUUUAUUAAUAUGAUCUAUAAACAAAUAAUCUUUUACAAGCUUCUUAAUCAUAACAUGAUAAUAUCAUUACUCAAAUGACUAUAAUUUACGAAUGGAAUAUAAUUAUAACUUCCUCUUUUGACAAUACUCUCGCUAUAUGGAGCUACCCUUAAUUAUAAUUAUAGUAGAGACUCUACCAAGAUCCAUUAGAUUGUGGAAAAGUGAAUAAUUUUGAAAUAGAACUUUAAAGAAAUAGAAUAUUUUCAGGAUGUGAGCAUGGAAGCAUUUAUAUUUGGAAGAAAUAUCAAUUAAAUAAUACAUUUUACCUAGGAAAUAAUUUAAAACAUAUUUUGUCAUCUUGGAAUGUCACCACAAUUAUUGUUGAUUAUUAGAAUGAUUAUUUAUUCUUAGUUGGAUGGAAUUGGUAUCCAUUAAUACUUCAGCUAAACACAAUAGAGUAAUCUGUCAAUGCUAUAGCAUAAUUAAAAGGAAUAAAUGCAGUAUAUGACAAACUUAAUUAAUGCAUAAUACUUUAUGAGCAAGAUGGAAAUGUUUGGAAUUAUAAUAUUACUUCAAGGAGUUAUAUUUUUAACUAAUAAAAUGCUAUUCACUAAGGAUGGGUUAGAUCAGUUGUAAUUGAUCCUCAAAAUUAGAUGUUUGCAAGCAUGGGCGAUGAUUGUACAAUAUAAAUUUGGCCAUACAACUCUUAAUUAAGCUAAAUUCCUUAUUACUUAUUUAAAAACACAGCAAAAAUUUAGGAUGGAAAAUUAGAUUUAGACAAUUAGGUUUUAAUUAUUUAGGAUGCAAAUUUUAGAAUAAUUUUACUCUAAUAUCCUUUACUUUAUAUGCUUAAAAUAUUUGAUUCACAUGUUGCUAAAAUAAACUCCUUCAUUAUUAAUAAAAAUUAAUUUCAAAUUUUAUCAUUUUCAAAUGACAAAACUGUUAUGCUUUGGGAAUAUGAACUUGGGAUCGAAUAAAGCUACUUCUAAAUAGUUCAUAGAUCUACCUCAAUUAUGAGCUAUGUUUAUGAUGAAGAAGAAAGCUCUGUUUAUUAUGUUAGAUCAGAAGGAAAUGUGUAAAAGUGGUAGAUAACAAGUGAAUAAACAGACAAUGGAUUUAAUCUUUAAUAUAAUGAUAGAUUUAAUAACACAAUAUUUAUGAUGAAUAAUGAAGUUUUUAUUUUAGCCACAACUAAGUAGCUUAAGUUGAUUAAAAAGAGCUCAUUAUAGGUAUUGUAAAGUAUUCGUACAUAAUGCUCUCACAGUGUUAAUAAGUAAAAUAUAAUUAUUUGUGGAUAUAACAAUUAACUAAUAUCUUAUUAACUAAUUAAAUCAAAUUCUCUUGAAUUUUAAAUACAAUAACUUUAUACACAAAACCUAGAAUUACCUUUGUAUAAAUUAUAAAAUGGUAUUUAAGAUUCAACUGAGUUAAUAGUUAUUCUAGUAAAUCACUCAAUUUUUUUCAUCGAAAGCUCUACAGGUAUAAAAACUAAAUAGUUUCCUAAAAUACACUAAUAAGUUAUUGUAGAUUUGAUCAUUUUUAAUUAAUAAACAAUGUUCAGUUAUUCUUAUGAUGGUUAGUUAGUCUAAUAUAGUUUAUUAUAAACUUAAAUUUAAAUUGAUAGAUAAAUUCAAUUAGAUUAUCCUAUACUCCAGGUUAUCAUAAAUAGUGAUUAUAUUUUGGUGAAUCAAAAAAUAUAUAAUUAUUGCUUAAUAUAUAAAAAUGAUAAUUAAAAAAUAUUUAAAUAACUAGCUCUUCUUUAAACGGCUUCUCGUUGGUAAACGAAUUAGUAAUUUAUCCUUUCUCCUGAAAAUUAAACUAUUCUUGUGAGCUCUGACUUUUAUUAUAUUUCAUAUGAUUAUUAAUCUUUUAAAAUGUAAUAUAUUUAUCAAAGUAGUUCUUUAGUGGAAGCUAACUUUAUGAAAAGAAAAGUAACGUUGAUCUAAGGAAAUUAGUUUUUCAUUUAGUAAGGACAAUCUUUUAUCAUUAUCGCUUCAAGUGAUCCUUCACAACAGAACAUGAGAGUGGUCUAAAAAAUAUAAAAUAGAAAUUCAUUUUAUGAAAACAUAAAAAUUAAUGUAAAUAAAAUCAGUGGGCAAUAUAUUGUAAAUGUACUCUCUUUUAACCUUCAAGGGUUUAAUCAUUUAAUGACUGAUACACUUGGCUAAAUGUCUUGCUAACAAAAUAUGUAAGAUUCUAAUUUUUUUGACAUCUACAAAAGAAUACGUGAUUACUUAAAUUUGAGAAACAACUUGUAAAUUGAUAAUAAUUUAUCUAUGCCCCAUUUGUUUAAUUUAGCUAUGAGCUAACCUUUUACAUUUUAUGGUUUCCCUUAAAUAAAUUCUAAAUUCUAAAUGUCUGUUUAGUUAACUGUAUAGGGUACUAAUUAGUAGAAUUAAAUUCGUGGAAACUUCUAUAUGAAUUAAUUGUUAUCAUCAUAGAAUUUAGUAGUUAUUUAACUAAAAAAUUUGAUUAUUGAACUCAAAGAUCAAGAUUAACAAAAUUAGAUAGAUAAUUAGACAUUAUAGCAAGUCCAAUUUAUUUCAAAAGUAGGGGAUAAUAGCCUAGAGAUUUCAAAAAGUAUUAUUAACUAAAAUAAAUAUUUAGCUCCAGGUAGUUAUAUGAUAAAAACUAAUUCAUCUAAUAUUUUACUAUAAGCAACUGACAUAAAAAAUCAAAUUAGUAAUUCACAAGUUAGUUUAAUAACAUUAAUUUCAUAGAAUAUUUCAAUGAAUUAUUUCAGUAUUUAAGGAACUUAAUCAUAAAAUUAAUCACCUGUUACAAUUAAUUAAAGCUAAGUAUUUAUAGACUAAUCUUAUUUUAGCUCAAAUAGCCUUUUUGAAACAUAGUCAGGUGGAGGUGUUUUCUAUUUUACAUCUUCUUCUGUAAAUAUCUCUAAUAGUAUUUUUUCUUAAAAUUCUGCAUAAAAUGGGGGAUGUAUCUAUUUUAUUGAUGAGUGCAAAGGGUUAAUUUAAAAUGUUACUUUUAAUGACAAUAUUGCCAGAUAAAAUGGUGGUGUUUUAUUAUUAGACAAUUCUGAUGCUUAAAUUAAAAAAAGUUCAUUUUUAAAUAAUAAAGCAUUAAUAGGAGGAGUAGCUAGGUAUUUAACUUUUAAACCUUAAUUCUUAUAAAAAGGCUAAUCUAAUGAUUUCUUAGAUUCAUGUGGAACCAUUUUUUAAAACAUUUGUACAUAAAAUUAAGGUUAAUUAUAUGGAAAUAAUUUUUGUUCCUAUCCUUAAAGUGCUAAAAUAAACAAUUAAACAAUUUAAAAUAACGGAACUUAUACUUUUUAUAAUGUACAAAGUGGUACAUAAAGUUAAAUUUUAGAAAUAUAAUUACUUGAUGAAGAGGGAAAUAUUGUAAAAAUGUAAAGUUCAGAAAAAGAUUAACAAGCUAUUAUAUAAGAAUUUUAGUAUUAUUAAGUUGAGCUUAAAGAAUUAUACCAAAUAAAAUAAUUAUAAGAUAUUAGUAAAAGAAAUUUAAAAUUAGAUGGAACAACGUUAAAAUAGUUUUAAACAAACAAAUUUCAGCUAAAUUAGUAUUCAUCUACAGGUUAGUUAGGAAAUAAAGGAGAAGGUGUUUUAUUUUUUUACGGAUUUAACCUUCUGUCAAACCAAAGUUUAAGAUUUACUGAUACUUUAACAAUUUAUAUUGAUUUUAUGUUUAGAGAAUGUUAAAUAGGUGAGAUAAUAUAACCAGCUUGCACAUAAUGCUCAUUAGCUAAUUGCUAAACAUGCUAAAACGGUACUUAUUCAAUAAUAGACCCUAAGAUAUAGUUAAAUAAUUUGCAAUGCAAACCAUGCGAUUAUCAAUCUAGUAAUUAUUGUGAAGGUAGCUACAUUUCUUUAAAGAAAGGAUUUUGGAGAAUUAAUUAAUAUGAUGAUUAAAUAUUACCUUGCUCUAAAUCACGUAAUUUAUGUAAUGGAUAAGAAGAAACUAAUUAUUGUUCAGAAGGAUUAAUAGGACCUUUAUGCCAGACUUGUGAUUAUUUAGGAUAAUUUUGGAAUAGCUCAUACGGCACCAAUAGUUUAGGAGAUAAUUGUUUUAAAUGUCACACAGAUGCAGAUUUGAUAAUGUAAUAGAUACUUCUGGCUCUUGUAACAAUAUUAUAUUUAACAUAUAUUUUCUACGAAACUAAAGUAAAUUUGAACUUGAUGGUAAAAACUCUAAUUUUAGAUAAAUUAGGAUUGAUAAGAUUAGGAACCUCUGCAUAAAUAGGAGAAAAAUCUUUUUAUAGCAGAAUUAUGAUUAGAUAUCUUUAGAUAUUUCUAAGUAUUUCAACUUUAAGUCCAAAACCAAUAUUCAAUGUUCAAAUAAUUUCAAUUAUUUCACCUGUAAGCUCUAAUUAAAAUUUACUUGAUUGCAUGCUAGCUAAAUUCAAAAACGAUAUACCUAUUUAUUACUAUAAAGUUUUAUUUUUUGUAAUAAUUCCCUUCCUUAUCAUUCCACUAGGAUUUUUAAUCUAUACUUUGAUCUUAAAGAUUUUAAGAUGCUUUGUCCAUUAAACUAAAAUUUCUUUUUAUAAUGAAUUUUAGAAAGAUUCCUCUAUAGUUUGUUUCAUUUUUCUUUUUUUCUUCUUGUAAUAAAGUUCUUUCUAAUCUUUGAUUCAGCCAUUUACUUGUAAGUAAGUAGGAAGACAAUAUUUAGUGAGCUUUUAUUUAUUAGAAUAAUGCUAUUCUAGAUAGCAUAUAUUUUUGAUUGUCGCAGUAAUACUACCAGCAGUAUUUUUAUGGAUAAUAUUGAUACCAGGAAUAUUAAUGUGGAAGAUAUGGACUAAUUCUAAGCAAAAUAAUAACUUUUCAAAUGAAUUUUAUCUUACAAAAAAGUAUGGAUUUCUUUUUUAUGGCUACAAGAGAAACUUUUACUUAUGGGAGUUUUUGGCAAUGAAUUUAAGACUUAUUUUAGUAUUUUUUGUUUAAUAUUUUGAUGAAAAUAUUCUGUGUAGGGCUUCACUUAUGUUAGUUUUUCUGUACCUGUAUCUCCUACUUUUGUAAAAAUAUUAACCUUAUUAAAAGGUAAACUACUUUCAUAUUGAUAUGCUCUUUUCAUAAAUAUGUUGUCUUCUAACCAUAAUAAAUAUUUUAAUGAAUGUGAUAGAUUCAGAUAUAUUUCUGUACUGUGGAUAAGUAAUAGCUUAUAUUCUUUAACUAAUAGUAUUUAUGAGGAUAUUGCUAAUGUAUUUAAAUGCAUAAGUUAAAUUAAGUUAUCAUGGAUUAAAAUAAUCAAAAUUAAUAAAAUGUUUUAAAAUAAUAUUGAAAAAGGAAUUAAUGAAAAUAUUAGGUAUUGAAACAUUUUUAAAAAAAUACUUAUAUUAUUUUUACUUAUUAAUAUAUCAUGAUGAAGAUAAUUCGUUUAAGAAAUUUAAUAAUUUUUAAUUGUUGAGACUUUGGGUAAAGGAUUAUAUUGAAAAAAGGAAAAUAAUUGGUUAAAAUAGUGAGUAAGAAAACUUGUUAAAAGAGGAUUAACCAUAAAGCAAUUCAUUAAGAAAAACUCUACUUUAUAGCAGAGCACCUAAAAAUUAUUUUCAAAGCUAAAGUACAAGUUAAAGAGAAAAUAAACCUAAAAUAUUUAGCUUUCACAAACAUAAAAAAUUAAAUUUAGCUAUACCUGAGGUGGUAAAUACGAGCAUUAUUUUAAAUAUCAAUUCACCAAAUUAAAAUAAAUUAAAACAAAAAAUGUCUUAAAAAUUGCUUUAAAUGCAAUAAUCUGACUUUGAAUCUUAAAUUACUGAAUCUUAAACAGAAAAUAAUAAACAAGAAUCAAUUAAUAAUUAGAAUUUUUAUUAUUUCAAAACCAAAAAUAAUUCUAAGAAUGGAACCAUCAUAAAUUUUUUAGAAUAUAAUCAAACAAAUAAAAAUGACAUGGAUUUAGAAUUACUUUCUCCAGAUUAAUAAAAUACCCAAAGAUCAUUAUUCCCUGAAAUCAAGGAUUAAAUUUGCCCAUUUGAUUUUAAUUUAGGAUACUAGAUAGAGAAUUGUUAAAGUUAUAUAUUAACUGACAGUGUGCUUGGCGGGUAGUUAUUUUACUUAGGAUAAUAGAAUGAGUAAUACUAAUUAAUGGUAAAUUAUGGAUAAAAAGGUAUGAUUGGAGCAUGGAAUCUGGAUGACGCUAGCCUUUUAUUCAGUAGCAGCUUUUAUUCAUAAAAUUAUAUUGAUAUCCACUCUAUAUUUAUAUUGUAAAAUCAAUCUUUGGAUUACUAAACUUCAUCAUAGCAGCAAUACAUUUAUGUAGUUGAUACUAACUUGAAUGUUUAUGAAUAAAGCAUAUAUUAGCAGUAAGCUGACUUAAUAUUACUUUCUCCUUCUAAAAUGUUAACAUAUCCAUUGGGUACAAAAGUUUACUAUAACAUUGAAUAAAAUGUUUUAUUCUUCGUUCUUUAAAAUUAAGUUUACAAAAGAAUGCAAAAAUUAGAAUUAAAAUUAGAUUUAAAUUCUGUAGGGAUUUAAUGCGAGAGUGAUUUGAUUGGUGAAUAUAUUUUUGUUUUAACCUCUUUAAAUACAAUUUACUUGAUAGAUUAGGAGAAGUUUUAAAUUGUAAAAUAAUAUAAUUUUAAAAUUGGCAAAAUAAAUUUAUUAUACUUUAACUAAAAUAUGGGAUUAACUUUCUAAAGCUAGAAUUUAGAUUAAAAAUAUUAUAUUUAUCAAAUUAAUUCAGAUUUUUUAGAUGUUAAAUAACUGUUUAGUAAUUAAAACUAAAUAAAUGAUUAUGACUUUUUUGAAGAUAAAUCAAUUGCUGUUUGUGGAAAUUAGUCUCUUAUCUAUUUAAUUUCUGAUGUUAUUAACCCAUCAACUGCAAGUUUAAAUACUAAUGAUUAUAAUCUUUAAGAUGGGCAGAAUAUGAAUAAUAUAAGUUAUACUUAACUUAUAAUUGAUUAGAACUUUACGAUAUUUUAUUCUAAAUAUCUUAUCACUAUCAUCCAAAAUUCAAACAGAGUUAUUGUCCUUAAUAAAUGCAUUUAUGACCAUUUUAAAAUUAAUUAAAUGAGUGCUUUAGUAGAUGGCUUUACACUAAAAACUUUAUCUUCAAGUGGUUUAUAUUUUUUAGAUAUUAAAAGUGGUUAGAUUAUUAAAGAUACAAGCUGCUUUUCCCACUAAGAUGUUUAUUAGGAGUUAAUUAAUAAUAUAUACUUUGAUGAUGAGUUAUUUAGGAUUUAUGUCAUAGAAAAUAAAGGAAGAUUAGGUUAUUUUAGUUUCCCAUAAGGAAGUUUUCUAAAAUUAAUUUACUACUUAAAACAAAGUAGUAAUAUGGUAGUUAAUAAGUAAUCAAAUUAAAUUUAUUUAUGGGGAAAUACUAAUUUCAACUAUUUGGUAGUGAUUUCUUACUAUGAGGGGACAUUUUUGUAUUAAUUUAAUAUGCCUUCAAAUUACCAUAUUGGGUAGGUUUAUUAUGAUAACUCUCUCAGUAUUAUUGUAAUUGUUGACAAUACAAAAGGUAUUUACAUAUUAGAUCAAAAAACUUAUCAGUAAAUCUAAUUACUACAAGUCAAUACAGCUUAAGUAAACAUAUAUUUUAGUUUCAAAGGGAUGAUAAUUGUGCUUAGUGAUAAAAGUUAUUUAUUCUCUAAAAAUAGUGAUGGUAUUAGCUAUAAUUUAUCAAUAUAGAAUGCCAAUAAUUAUUUAUAAUAAUAUAUUUUUUUUGACUCUAAUUCACAAUAUUUGCUGUUGGUGAUGAAUAAUCUAUCUAUAUAGAUUUUUGAUUUCAGUGGAAGUAGUAAAUUUUAGGGCAAAAUAGUAAGCAGUCUAAUUAAAGGUUAAGAAAUUUAAAAUAUUUGUUAUAGUAAUUAAUAUUUAAUUAUUUUAACAUCGUCGCCUAAUUCAAUUUUAAUUUACAAUAAAAAUACUGAUGAAAUAUUACAUUUAGAUAAUUUAACUGAGAUAUUAAGUAGUUGUUAUUUAAUUUUAAAUGAAAAGUAUGUAACUGUGUUAUAUACAAUCAGUUAGUUUAUCAUAAUAGAAAUAAGUACUCAAACAAUUAAAAAGAAUUAAAUAUUUGACAAUUUAAGCAGUAUAAUAUCAGUUUAGAUCGACUAAUAAAAAAAUUUGUUUAUUUUUCUUCUAAACAACUCAAGAAUUAUAAGCUAUGAUUAUUUAAAAUAUGAAUAAGUAAGUGAUUGGGUAGCAUCCCUUGCUCCUAGAGUAACAACAUUUUAGAUAAAUACUAAAUAUAAUGUUAUUAUCUAUGGCGCAGGAUUAUAAAUAUACAUAAUCGAUUACUCUUAAACAAAUUAUAUGAGCUAAAUUGUGGAUAAUGAUAAAGUAUUAGGAGGUGUAAUAAAUUAUGAAAAUUAGAGUUUGUACACCUUUAACAAAAAAAUUUAGUAGUAUGAUUUGUCAACAAAUACUUUAAUUAAUACUUCUAAUUUUUAGCAUGAUGAUAUAAUUAGCAAAUUAUAAAUUAUUGAAGAGUGGGAUAUGAUGAUAACUUCUUCAUUUGACUAUACUAUUAUCAUUUGGAGUUAUCCAUAAAUGUAGUUUUUACAAAGAUUAAAUCAUAGCUCCAUAACUUGCAAAAAUGUCACUAAUUUUGAAGUUGAGAUAGGAAGAAAUAGAAUACUAUCUGGAUGUAGUAAAGGAACCCUAUAUGUUUGGAGAAAAUAGAAUAAUGGAACCUUUACUUUAUCAGUUGAAUUAGAUUAAAUCGCAGGUAUAUAUAAAAUUACUCAAAUCAUUUUAGAUGUAGAAAAUGAUUUUUUAUUUUUGAUGACAUAUUCGUGGCAUUCCCCUAUGAUUUAAUUGAGUACGAUUGAAAAUAUUCCGAAUAUCUUUAAUUAGUUAAAUGGAAUAAAUGGAUACUAUGAUUAAAUAAAUAAAUGCAUUGUAGUUUCUGAUUAAAAUGGGAAUGUUUUAAACUAUAAUGUAACCUUGAGUAUCUAUGUUUUUAAUAUAGGAUAUAAUAUACAUUAAGGUUGGGUUCGUUCAGUUGUUUUAGAUCCAGUAAAUUAGAGGUUUGCAAGUAUGGGUGAUGAUUGCACAGUUUAAAUAUGGCCUUACAUAUCUGAUGAUAUCCAAGCACCAUUAUUUGAAUUCUAAAAUAAAGCAAAGAUCUAAUCUGGUCUAUUAGAUUAUAUUUUAUCUUUUUCGAAUGAUAAAAGAAUAAUAUUUUGGGACUAUGAAUUAGCUAUAGCUUAAACAUACUCCUAAAUAAUUUAUAGAUCAACAUCUUUAACAAGCUAAUCUUAUGAUAAAGAAAGUAAUACUGUUUAUUAUGCUAGAUCUUUAGGAUAAGUGUAAAAAUGGUAGAUAAACAAUAAAUCCCCUGAUAAUGGUUUUAUGUUAAGAACUGAUGAUUGCUUUAACAAUACUAUUUACUUAGUAAAUAAUGAUAUAGUUUUAUUAGCAACAACAAAUAAAGUGGUGGUUAUUAAUAAAUAGUCUUUGGCUAUAGAAGAUUCAAAAUAGGUAUUUUGUUCUUAUAAUUUGUAUAUCAAUUAUUUGAUAAUCUGUGGAUACCAUAAUCAGCUUAAUACUUUUAGAAUAGUAAAAAAUUAAAUAAAUAAUAAUUAAUAUUAACUUCAGUAGAUAUAUUCUUAAUUAUCAGCUUUACCUAUAGUUAAAUUUUAUUAAGGUUUUCCAAAUUCAAAUGAGUUUUUAGCCAUAUUUUAAAAUAAUAUCAUAGCUUUUAUUGAUAUUACUUCAGGAAAAAUUACAAAAUAAUUCCCUUAAGUUCACUCUCAGUUGAUAAUUGACCUUAUUCUAUGUGAUAAAAAAUUGUAUAGUUAUUCAGUAGAUGGAAAAAUUGCAUAGUAUUAAUUAAAUAUAUCUGGUAUAUCCAUUUAGAAAACUAUUUAAUAAUCAAAUUAAAUUUUAACGAUAAGUCUAAAUUCAGAAUAUAUAAUUGUAGUUAUUAAAUAAAACAAUUAUUGUAUAGUCUACUAAAACGAUGAUUAGUCAUAAUUUAAAAUGAUUCAGCAAUUAUUAACACCUUCAAGGUGGCAGAGCAAUUUAUAAAUUAUUCUCUCUCCAGAAAAUGGAUGCAUAUUGCUAAGUUCUAACUUUUACUACAUUUUAUAUGAUUAUAAGACUUUUGAAAAAAUUUCAGUUUUUCAAACAAAUUCAAUUGUUGAAAAUAACUUUUUUAUGAGGAAAGUUACUGUAAUUUAAAAAAAUUAAAUAUUUGUCUAAUAAGGAUAGUCUUUUUUUGUAUUAGGAUAAAAAGAUACUAAUUCCUAAAACAUGAUUAUUUCCUAAAAGUUUAAAAAUAGAAAUUAGUUUUUUGCAAAUAUUGAUUUGUAAUUUACAAAAGUAAAUGGAUUGAAUGUGAUAAAUGUGAUUUCAUAUAAUUUAUAAGGUAUUAAUUAUAUGAUGGCAGAUGUAACUGGUGUUUUAUCGUGUUAGUAAGACUUAAAUGAUACUAAUUUUUUUGACAUUUAAAAGACUAUUGGUAAUUAUUUAAAUUUAAGGAGUAGCAUGACUGUUAAUAACUAAAUAUAAGGAAAUCAUUAAUUUAAUCUUUUUAUGAGCGAGGCAUUUACAUUCUAUGGAUUUCCAUAAAUCAACUUAAAUUUAGAUAUUCUAAUUGACUUGAAUAUAUAUGGAGUUAAAAAUGAUUAAUAAGUAGUUGGCUCAUUCUUUUUUAAUUCUGUUAAAACCUCCAAAAAUUUGCUAAGUGUAAGUAUUAUCAAUAUAUACAUGUAUUUUGAAAAUGAAGAAAAUUUAUUAGAUUACACUCAAGGAACUUUAUAACAGCUUUAAAUACUUAAAUGUGAAGUAAAUAUUUUAAAUCCUCCUCUGUUUUUGAAGUAUUUAAAAUUAUUUAGAAUUUAAUAAUUAUAAAUAUAAUCAUAAAUUAUGAAAGAAUAAUUCAAAGUAUUUGAAGUUUAAAACACGCAAUAAUUUGAAUUAGUGGAUUCAAAUUUUAUUAAAAAUUAAGUAAACUCAGAAAAUGUGAUAUCUUUUGAUAACUCUUUGUAUUAAUCUUAAAAUUCAACUUUUAUACUAAGGAAUUGCACAAUCAGAAAUAACAAUUUUACUAACAGCUCAUUCUUCCAAGCAAUUCUAAUAAGCAAUUUGAUAAUUGAAAAUAAUUAAAUAGAAAAUAACUAUUGUGAGUAGAGUUCAUAUUUAGUUAAUUCAGUAGUGUCAUAGAGUAUAUCUAUAAAAGGCUUAACAUUUUAGUAAAAUACUAAUUUAGCUCUAAUGAAUUGCGAAAUAAAGCUUAAGUAUAACAACAAUUUGCUAGAAAACACAGUAACUGCCAAAUAUACAAGUGUUAAUAUAUUUUUGAGUACAAUAAACUCAAAUUUUUACAAUGAUGAAAGCUCUUAUUUGAUAGAUUUUAAUGCUACUUAGAUAUAGUUAUAUGAUUUAAUGAUUUAUAAUGAGACAAGUAUAUCAUAAUCUAGCUUGAUCAGUAUAGUGUCUUAAAAUUUAACCUUUAAAAAUGUAACUUUCAGUAAAAACUAAUGUAAGUUCAAAUCUCUGAUUAGUUUAACAUAGUGUUAAGCUUUUAUUAAUUCAUCUAAAUUUGUUCAAAAUAGUCUUUUAUCUUAAAUAUUAGGAGGAGGGGUUUUCUAUCUUUCUUCUUCAAACAUUUCAGUUUAAGAUACAAUAUUUGAUUCAAAUGAAGCAUAAAAUGGAGGAUCAUUAUAUCUUGAUUAUAAUUCUAAUGGAAAUCUUUCAAAUUCUACAUUUUAAAACAAUAAAGCAAGAGAAAAUGGAGGAGUUGCAUUAUUAAAUAAUUCUGACAUCUUUUUUUCAAAGUGCUUUUUUGUUAAGAACAAAGCUCUAAUUGGAGGAGUAUUAAGAUAUUUUACUUUUAAACCAUAGUUUUUAAUAGAAAGCAAACAUUUUGAUGAAUUUGAUAGCUGUAAUACCAAUUUUAAUAAUUUUUGUUAGGAAAAUAGUGGUUAAAUAUUUGGAAAUAAUUUCUGUUCUUAUCCAAAAUUUGUUUCAGUUAACGAUAAAAAACUUUAAAAUUAAAUGGAAUAUGAUUUUCAUAACAUAUAAAGUGGUUCAUAAAAUGAAAAAAUAAUAAUUAACUUAUAUGAUGAAGAAUGGUCUAAAGUUUAGCUUAAACAUGCAUUAGAUAUUCCAUAAAGAACAUAGCAAGAAUUUGAUGGGUAUUUUGUAAAUUUAAUGGAACUUUACUAAAAGUAAAACAAUUAAAAUAUUGACCUUAUUAAGAGAGAUAUUAAAUUAGAUGGAGUAACUCUAAAAUAAUUUUAAGGAGAUUCUUUUACUUUAAAUCAGUAUCAAGUUACAGGAUAAUUAGGUAAAUAGGGAAAAGCUGUCUUUACUAUUCAAGGAUUUUUACUUUAUAAUGAUACUAAUAAAGGAUUUACUGAUUAACUAGUAAUUUAUUUAAAUUACCAUUUUAGGAAAUGCUAAAUUGGGGAAAUUUUAUAACCUGUCUGCUUGAAUUGUACCUUAGUAAACUGCCUCGAAUGUGAAAAUGGUACUUAUUCUAUUGUAGAUCCUAAUACUUAGAGUAAUGUUUAAUGCUUACCAUGCAACUAUGAAUCCAGUAUCUCAUGUCGAGGUAGUUAAAUUAUCUUAAGGUAGGGAUAUUGGAGAGAAAGCAAAAGUGAUGAUAACAUAAUACCAUGUGAUUAAUCUGAAAAUUUAUGUAAUGGAAAUGAAUAAACUAAUUACUGCUCAGAAGGAUUGAUAGGUCCUCUUUGCUAAACAUGUGAUACUUUAGGAACGUUUUGGAAUGAUUCUUAUGGGAGAGUAAGCUUUGGAAUUAGUUGUGUAAAAUGUAAAACUAAUAUCUUAAAAAUCAUACCUUAAAUUAUUUUAAGCUUAGUUUUUAUACUCUACUUAUCAUAUUUAUUCUAUUUAACCAAAGUUAAUCUUAAUUUAAUGCUCUAGAACCUAAUUUUAUAAAAAUGUGGCCUGAUUAGAUUAGGUAUAACAGGAGAUAUAGGUGAAAAAUCAUUUUAUAAUAGAAUUUUAAUCAGAUAUCUUUAAAUAUUCAUCAUUAUUGGGUCAAUUAAUUAAAAUGAUACAUUUUAUAAUGUAAUCAUAUCAUUAAUUUCACCUGUUAGAUCUAACUAAAACUCUUUUGAUUGCAUGUUUAAAAGACUUCCUAUAUCAAUUCCAAUUUAUUAUUAUAAGUCUAUUGGAUUGAUAUUUAUUCCUUUUAUUAUAUUUCCAUUAAUAUUCAUCAUGUAUUAGAUUAUUAUCAAGAUUAUCAGAUAUUACACGAAAACAUCAGCAUAUUCUUUUGACAUUGAAUACAAAAAAGACUCCCUUAUCACAUGUUUAAACUUUUUAUUCUUUUUCAUUUAGUAAAGUGCUUUUGAAUCGCUUAUACAACCAUUAGCUUGCAAAUAAAUUUAAUAGAAGUCAUAUAUCAACUUCUAUUUAUUAGAAGAGUGUUACAGCAGAAAGCAUUCAUUAUUAAUAAUUGCUAUAAUAUUACCUUUUUUAGUAUUAUGGGUUCUACUUAUUCCAGGUAUUUUAAUGUGGAAAAUAUGGAAAAGAUCAAAGAUUAUUGGACAAUUUUCAAACGAGUUUUAUUUAACAAGAUAAUAUGGAUUUUUCUUUUGUGGAUGUAAGAGAGAUAGCUAUUUAUGGGAAUUUAUCCCUAUGUAUCUAAGAUUGAUACUAGCAUUUUUUGUUGUUUACUUUUAGGAAGCUAUUAUUACUAGAGCAGUUCUCAUUUUAAUCAGUUUACAAAUAUAUUCAAUUUUUGUUUAGAAAAAGAAGCCUUAUCAAAGAUUACAGCAUCUUAAAAUAGAUAUCUUUUGCUCUUAAGCUUGUAGUAUGAUCACUACUAUCAGUAUAUUACUGUAUAAUACAGAUGAGUAUAUAAUAUAAUAUUCUGGACAAGUUGUGGUUCACACUCUCUAAUUUUUAGUUAUUUUUCAAAUCAUUAAACAGUACAUUGAAGUUUUGAUAAGACUUAAUUUUCACUAGCUUAAAAUUAAGAAAUGUUUGAAAUUCAUAAAAUUUAUCUUAUAAAGAUAAUCAUGCUUUUUUAUUUACAUUAAAAAAUAUAUAAAAAACACAACUCCAUCUCUAUAUUUAUUGAUCUAUUAGGCUAACCAUAAUCCUUUUAAUAAAUUUAAUCAUUUCUAACUACUUAGACUUCAUAUCCAUAAUUAUAUUGAAAGAAAAAAGAAAGAUGCUAAUACUCCUUUCUUUAGAAAUAUUUAAGAUUAUGAUUGUAAAAUUUCAAAGGAAGAUGUUAGUAGCUAUGCAAAUAAUGGAAAACAAACAUAAUAGAGCCCUUCUCUAAGAAGAAUCCUUUUGUCAUAACGAUUUUAGAAUAUCAAUAUUUCUGAAACAAACUCUUUUAUUUAGCCUGAAUAAUCACAAGAUAGUAGUUAAAGUCGUAAAAAAAAUAAGAGCAAAACAUUUAAUGGCAGUAAUCUCAUAAAUUUUGAUAACAAUUUUCAUAAAUUGAAGAAGAAAAAAAGUAAUUUAGCAGUAAAAUUCUAUUAAGAUGCAACUUCAAACCAUUUAGGGGAUACUGUUAAUUCUUUAGAAAUUAGUUUACCAUAAAAUAAAUUAUUUUAACAAAACUAUGAAUUUAUUACAAAAAGUAAUACUAAAAAUAUUACAAAUGAUAUGGAUUCAUCUAAAUUGAAACCUAAUUUAAUUGACUUCUCUAAAUAAAGUUAUCAAUUAAGCAUAGAAAGUCCUAAUAAUAAAACAGAUUCUGAUUCUCAUUAAGAUAAAGUACUUUUAACUUUUAAAGAAAACGAACUAACCAACCUAGUAAAAGAAAAUUUAUGA